AUGUCUAUCGCCAUGCAACUCGCCCGCCCAACCAUCCGUCACUUUUCCGUCCGCCGUCCUCAGCCAGACACUCGCAUUUCUCGCUUCAUCACCAGCUCCUGUCUAUUCACGGCCGUGGUGCUUCCCUUCGUACCUCCAGCUCUUGAGAGUUCUCGCGAGAAGAACAAUGGAUACCCCAAUCACAACAAGCCGCACCCACCGCUAUGCUUCCACGCGCGCUAA